GUGCUCUCUAAUGUUUGGAGAUAAUAUUGACUCCGGCUUUCCUAACAACAUUCCGAUUCUUCUCAGACUGAAUUUACUAUAAUAAAUUCCAAAAUAAUGCGUAUACGGAAUAAUAUACCAGCUGUGUAACACCAGAAGUAAAAAAAAAAAAUGGACCAGCACACAAUUCUAGGCAGGAUAGGUGAAGGAGCUCACGGCAUUGUUCUGAAAGCAAAACAUAUUGAGAGUGGAGAGGUAGUGGCUUUGAAAAAAGUUCCUUUAAGGAAAUUAGAAGAUGGUAUCCCACAUACUGCCUUGAGAGAAAUAAAAGCCCUUCAAGAAAUCGAAGACAAUCCAUAUGUUGUGAAGCUUCGAGAGGUGUUUCCUCAUGGAACGAGCCUUGUCCUUGCCUUCGAGUACAUGUUGUCCGACCUUUCAGAGGUCAUUCGAAACACAGAAAAACCACUGACUGAAGGUCAGGUCAAAUCUUACAUGCUAAUGUUGCUCAAAGGGGUGGCCUUCUGUCAUGAGAACAACAUCAUGCACAGGGAUCUGAAACCUGCUAACUUGCUGAUCAGUUCUACAGGACAUCUGAAGAUUGCUGACUUUGGAUUGGCUCGAGUGUUUCAGAACAAAGGGGACAGGCAGUAUAGCCACCAGGUGGCCACAAGAUGGUAUAGAGCUCCGGAGCUGUUGUAUGGUGCCAGGAAGUAUGACGAAGGAGUGGAUCUCUGGGCCGUUGGUUGUAUCUUUGGGGAACUGUUGAACAACUCGCCAUUGUUUCCAGGAGAGAAUGACAUAGAACAGCUCUGCCAAGUGUUACGAGUGCUGGGUACUCCUAAUGAGAAGAUCUGGCCUGGCAUUUCUGAGUUGCCAGACUACAAUAAAAUCACAUUUCCUGAGAACAACCCUAUCCCUCUUGAAGAAAUAGUUCCUGAUGCAUCUGCUGAGGCUUUGAACCUUCUGAAGAAAUUCCUCGUUUAUCCAACCAAACAGAGAAUAUCUGCCAAAGAGGCGCUGCUCCAUCCUUACUUCUUCACGGAGCCUCUUCCUGCACACCAUUCCGAACUACCCAUUCCACAGCGCAGCAGACGUGGGUUACCACGGCGACAGCAAACACAUGACUAUAACAUUGACAUUCCAUUAGAAAAGACUUUAAUUGACCCUGAACUGCUUGCACCUCAUGUUGUCAAAAUCAAGUGAAUCAGAGAUGUAUGUUGUAUAGAGAAGUGUUCAUAUCAUUUUUAAAUAUGUAAAAAAAAAUACCUAUGGACUGUUUUUUGUACGGAAAGUGAAGAGAUACAUGUGAGGGGGGACUGGGCCAUUUAAAUGUAUGGAAGUGUUUCUAAAACUAUUAUAUAACUUACAAAGAAGAGUUUCAUAAAUAUUGACAAUACUGGUGAGAUAAACAUUACCAAUACCAUUCAUAAAAAAAUCCCAUAUUGUGAAUCAUGAACACUGUAAGUAAUACUAUCCAAAAUGUUAAUUUGUACAUUUUAAAAUGAAUUUUCAAUUUCAUAAUCAUUGUUAAUUGCCUGUUUAUUAUCAAUUACUGAACCAAGUUCUUACAUUGUAAAUGUCCAUAUGAAAAGUUAACAAGAGAUGAUAAAGCAAUGGACAUGAAUAAAAACCUAAUAACAUG